CAUCUCUCGUCGACUAACCACUACAGCGUCAAUCAAAGUGAGCCCACCCUUUUUGUCCCUCUUUUUACUGCCAGGAAAUUGUUACUGACUGAAUUUACCAGAUGGGGCGUCUCCAAGAGUACCAGGUUAUCGGGCGUCACCUGCCCACCGAGGCCAACCCCACGCCCAAGCUGUACCGCAUGCGCAUCUUUGCGCCCAACACCGUUGUCGCUAAGUCGCGGUUCUGGUACUUCCUGACCCAGCUCCGCAAGGUCAAGAAGGCCAACGGUGAGAUCGUCAGCCUCAACGUGAUCAGCGAGAAGCGCCCCCUCAAGGUCAAGAACUUCGGUAUCUGGCUCCGCUACGACUCGCGCUCCGGUACCCACAACAUGUACAAGGAGUUCCGUGAGAUGAGCCGCACCGAGGCCGUUGAGGCUCUCUACCAGGACAUGGCCGCCCGCCACCGUGCCCGUUUCGGUUCCAUCCACGUCCUCAAGGUUGUUGAGAUCGAGAACGCCGAGACCAUCCGCCGCCCCUACAUCAAGCAGCUCCUCACCAAGGACCUCAAGUUCCCCCUGCCCCACCGCUCCGUCAAGCCUGGCAAGAAGCUGUACGCUUACUCUCGCCCCUCUACCUUCGCGUAAAUGUGAGGAUUUGGGCGUGGGGAAGUGGAGUGUAGGAAUGAAUGACUAUGUUAUGGCCAUAGCAUGCACGAAGGACACGGAUCACGCGGAGAACAAGGCGUGUAUCUACAACCCAGAAAAUGGGACGGAUGGUUUUUAUGUCUCUUUAGUAGUCCUCUGCAGCGACCCUUUCAAGUUAUUUCACAAAAAUACCGGGGUUAUUUCUUUUUUGUUCACUCAACCUACUUUUCUGGUUCUGUGGGUUAGUAGAUCUUCAUCCUUAGCUGGGAUAAGAUAAUUGAUCCGUAUGUGACUAAAUCUUGAGUCGCUGGCUAGAACAGUCGGCCUCUCCUCUUGGUCAGCCUGAACCUCUCCGCUCCGUCAGGUUCGGCGUAAUGUGUUCGCCCACGCCAAGUCCGGGGGCAGAUCUUGAUGGCAGUGUGACAGCAGAAACAGCAAUCAGGGCCUGGCUCGGAUCUAUGCAUGGUGGGUACGAGGACUGGCUCAUCCGUC